GCCCUUGCCAAAACGAAGCUGGCGCGUGAUGACGGCCCGCCAUUGACAUCUUUACAGCUUCAUCCUCCGCUGACUUUUCAUACGCUUCCGCCUCACACUCUCACAUUGUGCUGAGUCACGGUGGUCCAGCACCAGGGAUUUGUUUUACUAUGGGAAACCGGAUGGUUCACUUUGACACCAGCCAUCCAGCAGAUCCCCACAGAGCAGACUCCACUUCCGUAUUCAGAGAUCCCAACUCUCCCAGUUCCUGUUUCCGCCGCAGCCUUUCUACUCAAUUUUGUGGGAGCAACAAUUCUCGGCUGCCGCUGCGCCAGACCCGGUCUCAGCAGCCCCGGUCGGAUGCCGCUGGAAGCCGGUGUAUCAUGUCAAGGACACACCUCCAGUAAAAUAAUUCUGUGGGACUGGAAGGAAACGUCAGGACGGUGUGGGAGAACCUGGUCGACACGGAGCUGGGUGGAGGGGAGGAGACACCAACAGAGCCAUCAAAACACAGACAUCUGAGCAUGCUAGCCAUGCUUUAGCACACGCAGGAAAGGCUGGUUGAUCGCUGGAGACACACCCGCCGCCUUUUUCUCACACACUUCUGUGCCACAAAAAAAAAAAACACAUCUCUCCCCAUCUGUCAUUUUACUGCACAGCAUCCCUGUAAAGAUGCCAAAGCCAAGGUUGGCGCUGUGGCACUUGUGGUGACGGGGCACAGAGUGUGUGUGCGCACAUCCGGCAGGCAGGCCGUCGGGUCGGUGGGUGUACAGGCACUCCGAGAGGCAUCUUUGGGGUGGGCGAGGUUGCACCAUGCGGCCCUGGGCGGGGUCAUGGCGAUGGAUUACCCUGGUGCUGUUGGCCUGGGGCACGCUCCUCUUCUACAUCGGCGGUCACUUGGUGAGGGACAGCGAGCACCCUGAGCGGUCCAGUCGGGAGCUCUCCAAGAUCCUGGCCAAGCUGGAGCGGCUCAAGCAGCAGAAUGAAGACCUGCGGCGCAUGGCCGAAUCGCUCAGGAUACCAGACGGACAGGCAGAAGCCGGGUCCCUCGCUGCAGGGAGACUGCGCUCCCUGGAAGACCAGCUCACCAGAGCCAAACAGAAGAUCCACAGCUUCCAGAAACUCACUGGCGACGGUCCUGGGCCCACUCAGGAGGAGCUGCGUAGGAGGGUGGAGAACGGCGUUAAGGAGUUCUGGUACUUCGUUCGCAGCGAGGUGAAGAAAUUGGCCAACGCCGAGAUCAGCGAAAGGCUGAAGUAUGCAGACACACUCCUGCAGGACCUGGGCCACCAGGAGAGAUCCAUCAUGACAGACUUGUACUACCUCAGCCAGGCGGACGGAGUGGGCGAGUGGAGAACGAAGGAGGCUAAAGACGUGUCGGAUCUGGUCCAGAACCGAAUCACCUACCUACAGAACCCCCCAGACUGCAGUAAGGCGAGAAAGCUGGUGUGCAACAUCAAUAAGGGCUGUGGUUACGGCUGCCAGCUCCACCAUGUCGUCUACUGCUUCAUGAUCGCUUAUGGCACCCAGCGCACGCUCAUCCUGGAGUCCCACAACUGGCGCUACGCCCCCGGCGGCUGGGAGACCGUCUUCCUGCCCGUCAGUAACACCUGCACCGACCGCGCCGGGGCCACCACUGGACACUGGUCAGGAGAGGCCCACGAUAAGGACGUCCAGGUUGUGGAGUUGCCUAUAGUGGACAGUCUCCACCCCCGGCCCCCCUACCUGCCCCUGGCCAUCCCCGAAGACCUGGCCCCGCGCCUGCACCGUCUGCACGGCGACCCCUCCGUUUGGUGGGUGUCCCAGUUCGUCAAGUACCUGGUGCGACCGCAGACGUGGCUGGAGAAGGAGAUCCAGCAGACCACCGCCAAGCUGGGCUUCAAACACCCCAUCAUCGGAGUCCAUGUGAGGAGGACAGAUAAAGUGGGGACGGAGGCGGCCUUCCAUCCCAUAGAGGAGUACAUGCUGCAUGUGGAGGAGCAGUUCCAAAAUCUGGCCAGACGUGUCCACAUCGACAAGAAACGAGUUUACCUGGCCACUGACGACCCCUCCCUGCUGCAGGAAGCCAAAACUAAGUAUCCAGAAUAUGAGUUCAUCAGCGAUAACUCCAUCUCGUGGUCGGCAGGCCUUCACAACCGCUACACUGAGAACUCGCUCAGAGGAGUAAUCCUGGACAUCCACUUCCUGUCUCAGACCGACUUCCUGGUCUGCACCUUCUCCUCACAGGUCUGCCGCGUGGCCUACGAGAUCAUGCAGACGCUGCAUCCCGACGCUUCCUCCUUCUUCUAUUCCCUGGAUGACAUCUACUACUUCGGAGGUCAAAACGCCCACAACCAGAUCGCCAUCUACCCCCACCAGCCGCGCGACAGCGAGGACAUUCCCCUGGAGCCCGGGGACGUGAUCGGCGUGGCCGGCAACCACUGGGACGGAUACUCCAAAGGCAUCAACCGCAAACUGGGCCGCACUGGCCUCUACCCAUCCUACAAGGUCAAAGAGAAAAUCGAGACUGUGAAGUACCCGACAUACCCCGAGGCGGACAAACUGCUCAGCUCUCAAAAGAAGUAAAAAAAAAAAGAAAAAAAAGAAGAAGAGGAAAUUAAAAAAAUAAAAGAAGAGAAGGAGCGAGGAUAAACACGCGGACUCCGAUUCCAGGGAAGGAGGCAGCUUUUGUACAGAAGAGAGAUGCGUACUUAGUGCGCUAAGCUGGGAAGAAAAGGAAAAGCCUGAACCCAGGGGCGAUAGGAAUGAGAAUGCACUCUUAUGUGUGUGUGUGUGUGUGUGUGUGUGUGUGUGUGUGUGUGUGUGUGUGCGCGCACUUGUGUAAAUGCCUGUGCGUAUGACAGGUCAUGGAAGACUUGCACCCUACCAAUACUCCCCCUGCCCGACGCUCUAAACUCGGGGUCUGUAGAGAUGUAGACAUGAACAUUGAUUUUAACUAAAGCAAGAACUAUUAAAAUCCACACAACUGACCGAGCUCGCUCUCCCGAGACAAGACUGGGACUACUGUAAGACUCGAAAAAAAGAUGACAAACUGGAAAAGAAGUGUUUUUUUGAUUUUUAUUUAAUUCCUUUCAGUGGUUUUGACUCUAAUCUUGCCUUUUUUUCGUUUUCCUUUUCCUCCCUUCUUUGUUUACUGACUGUACUGUGUCCUCUUCUUGCCAUGCUCACCACUGACACCCCCCCCACCCCGCUUUCUUCCUCCUCCACUCACUGUACUUCCUCCAUCAUGUCUCUCCAUGUGCAAUUAAUUUUAAAAUACCAUAUUGUGCUUUUAUCGAGUGUGUUUUUAACGGUCUUAAUUUUGCGCGUAUGGGGCUUGUGCAUUGUAUACUGUACAGUGUGUGUGUGUGUGUGUGCGUGUGUGUGGGUGGAUGGAUGUGCGCGUGAUGAAGUGUGCCUGUGUGUGCUGUUUAAGUCUAACGGGCCACGUCACGACCUGGUGCCUGAUUUAAUGAUGAGCAGUGUGUGUUUUUAUUUCUGGCUUUCCUCCUGACUGAACAGUGUUUGUGUGGCCAGCGGGGGAGGCUGGCGGUGACAGUGGGGACUGUCCUCAGGCCCCCCCCCCCCCCAGCACUUGGAACAAUGGUGAACUCCAGUCACUCGGCUGGGGAGGGACCUCGAGUUAACAAUGGUAAGAUUAUGUGGAGUAUGGUGAACUCAUGGCGCACACGCACAGACACAGGAGCCGCCCCGAGGCUCACCAAAAGAAGCACUCCACCGAGAUAAUGUCCUUUUUCGGCAUCUCUGCUGUCUCUUCCUGUCCAUCUGUUUGUUUGUUUGUUUUUUUUACUUUUAACAUUGCUGUUUUAAAAUAAAUGAGAAAAUAUGCCUAUGUUUUAAAAUGAUAAUGCUGUGUCAUCUCAAACUGAAGAGUCCCCAUCAUGAAGGCUUUUUUUCAUAACUUAUGUUCUCGGGCAUUGUCUUUGAUAACCACAGAUCGAAUAAACUUGAGAAACCAACAA